CUUCCUUCCAAUCUCCGCCACAAUCUAUAGACCUUCAAACUCGAUAACAGAGGCUUUGAUCGCCUCCGCCUCCAUUUUCACUCUUUCCUCUCGACUCAGCUACCUCCCAAUUCCCUCCACAUCACAACCAUCAUGGCGACCGCACCCUCCGCCCUCCCUCCUACGACCAUCCACUCCUCCACCCCGAUCUCUCAAUCCGCAGCGCACGACUUCCUGGCCGCCUACCUCGAUCGCGCCAACACCGAUCCCGCUUUGCAACCGAACGCCGGAAUCAGCGAACAUGGACCUGUCUCGCGCACCACCGCCGCAGCCCCCAAUCUGAUCCUCCACAACUUGAAGCGCGUGCAGGCCGGUCUCGCCGGGGAGGUGCUGGGCCGGGACCUGAGCAUCAUCGGGGACGAGGGAACGGUGCAGCCCCCUACUGCCGAAAACGGCGACUGGCAAGAUGCCAAGAAGUUCGAGCAGGAGGCGACUGGAGACGAGCAGCAGGACUCAAUGGAGGUUGAUGCUGUUCAACAAGACCUGAACGAAGACGACGCUGCCGGCGGGCUUGACAAGGAGGAGAGAAAGCGCAAGAAGAAGGAGCGCAGACUGGCCGAGAAAAAGGCGAAGGCCAAUGCUGCGGCAUAAAAUGGGGUGGAAGUAAAUUUGCUUCGGCUGUCGGGACUAUAAAACAAGCUGUGCAUAUGGUAUAGGCGCAUUUAUUGGGUGAUUCGAUAUCAGGAUGUAUACGGAGUUUUCUUGUGGUAUAUCUUUUAUUCUUAUUCUUUGUUUCAUUACUCCCAUCCAAUUGGGAUUUUCAAAAUCUCCACGACCCCAAACUGGCCAUCCAUAUGCUCUAAUCGCCUCCAAACACCCGAACAUCUCCGAACAAACAUCAUACCCGAAAAAUCAAGAAAAACACACAAGAAACAGGAAUGCCAAACGAAAUGAGUCAGUACCCCCGCUUACAGCUCUCGGUCAGCUGCUUUGACGGGCUCCUCACUGUCGGCCUCCUUGGUGACCUUUCCACCUUCCCAGCCGAGAGCCUUAAGACGCUCCGACAGGAUGGGGUGGGAAU